AUGUCCUAUCUUCACUUAAGCUUCUACUCAGCCUUCACACUAAGCAGCCUAGGCCUGGCCUUCCACCGAACACACCUAAUCUCAGCCCUUCUAUGCUUGGAAAGCAUAAUACUAUCUAUAUACGUCGCCCUAGCUAUAUGACCUAUUCAAAUACAAUCACCAUCAUCCACUAUCCUCCCCAUUCUCAUAUUAACUUUUUCUGCCUGCGAAGCAGGCGCGGGGCUGGCUUUACUGGUAGCUUCUACUCGAACUCACGGUUCCGACCUACUCCACAACUUCAACCUCCUACGAUGCUAA